AUGAUUAUUUUAGAAGUUUGCAACCGAGCUGUAGAGGAAAUCCUAAACACCAGAUUUGAGCAGGCGAAAGUAGAAAGUAGAUAUGAAAAAAUCGAUUACAAGGUUGCAGACUUUGAUGGUGUACUUUAUAGUAUAACUAAUCCAACAAAUGAAAAGAAGAAAAUCCUUGUGAGCAUUUUCAUCAAGUUCUUCACUGAACUGAAGGAACAUGGGGUGAUGGAGGUAUUAGCUCGUGAAUAUGGUGAUCUGCUUCUUUCUUCACCAGAGGCGAAUCAAAGUGUUACCUUAUGCAUAGACUUAGAAAAUCUUCCUGAAGAUUGUAAUCGAUUAGCCUAUAAAUGUGGUCUAUUAAAACGAAAUUGUAUGGCAGCCGUUUUCGAGAGAUUUUUUGAAUUUCAAGCUAAUUCAUCAAGUGUACAAUCCGGUUCUAAACGUGCAAUAAUACACUUUAGAGAGGAUGAAACAAUGUACGUUCAAGCACUGGCUGAUCGUGUUACAGUUAUCUUUAGUACAAUAUUCAAAGAUCCCGACGAUAUGUUAAUAGGCAAAGUUUUUAUGCAGGAGUUUACGGAAGCUCGAAGACGAUUAGAUCGAGCGCCCCAAGUAUUAUACUCGCAUAGAGUACCACCAGCUGAAUUACAAGGAACUGAUGCAGUUGUCAAUGAUUCAGUUGCAUACAUCACUUUCGUGCUGUUUCCACGUCAUUUAGCCAAUGAUACUGUACGUAAUUCAACAAUCGAUUUAAUACAAACUCUACGUACUUAUCUACACUAUCAUAUAAAAUGUUCUAAGGCCUAUAUACAAAUGCGUAUGCGGGCUAAAACAUUGGAAUUUUUAAAAGUACUCAAUCGUGCACAUAUUGAAUAUCCAACUAGUCCUGUGAUCAAGACAAAUGUUAAUGAUGAACUAUUUGAUAAUAUGGAUCGAACAGUGAGAAGCGGAUUAUAA